AACCCCCGCCGUAUCGGUCUUGUUCGUUGUCCUGCCAGAUACAGAUAGGUGGCUACCACUGGCUCGCGUGACCUGUUGGCUUGCUUGCUCCUCUCCAGGUUCAGGCAGGGGAGAGUGCCUGUUUCAUGGGGAAGAAGGGCAAGUGGUUCGGCGCCGUCAAGAAGGUCUUCAGCCCUGAAUCCAAGGAGAAGAAAGAGGAGAGCAACAUUGACCGGGGAUCCGUUAAGAGCAUGAGCUUGAACCUUGGAGAGGGUGAGAUCACAAAAGCUUUCAACCGCCGGGACUCAAAGCUAGAAAAGCCAUCGCCGCCAACUCCAAGACCGGCCCGUCCAACUUCCAGGCAUUCCCCUUUGACGCCCUCUGCUAGAGUGGCACCGAUACCUGCGAGGAGAAAAUUUGUCACGCCCAAGAACGGGCUUUCACAGGUGGACGAUGACGCGAGGAGCGUGCUCAGUGUGCAGUCUGAGCGGCCAAGAAGGCACAGUAUAGCCACCUCGACUGUGCGGGACGACGAGAGCCUCACGAGCUCCCCGUCGCUCCCAAGCUACAUGGUUCCCACAGAAUCUGCAAGGGCCAAAUCUCGCCUCCAGGGUUCAGCAACGGCCAAUGGCGCAGAGACACCUGAGAAAGGAGGCUCGACUGGACCAGCCAAGAAGAGGUUAUCCUUCCAGGGUGGAACUGUGUCUGCCUCGCCAAUGCGACGACAUUCUGGUCCUCCCAAGGUGGAGAUCGCGCCACCACAACCAGAGGCCUUGGUAGUCAAUGGUGGAAGCAAGUGACACAUAUGUGAUGAGUACCAGGAUGAGAAACGGAUUAUGAAGAUAUUAGUUUCAUUUUCAUCCAUGAAUAGAAGUUAAAAGUGGUAUCAUAUCUAUGAAUGGUUUCAAUUGUUUUUCUGUUACAACCACAUUAUUUGCUAUAUACGAUUCACAGUACCUGCCAGUUGAUUCCAUUGGUUGUUUCUGUAAAACAAAUAUCAAUUUGUCACUAGAAUCUGUGAUGUUUGUAUGUAAACAGGUCCUCUAUUUAUGUGAGACAUAUAUUUCUUUUCUUUC